GCAGGAAUUGGGGUUGGGAAUCAGGAAGCCGUGACGCUGGGUCUCGUGCCCACAGAAAGGCGAGUCCUGCUGUGAGGCUGCAGCUCCCCAGCCCCGGAGGUGGGGCUCAGCCCCCCAUCCGGCAGCAGCAGUGUCCUCUCCCUGGAUCUGGGGCACGAGAGGAGCAGGGAAGUGCCUGACCCCCGUGUUGCUGCAUCCCAGCCUGCCUGUUUGCUGCCCUCCCUGCCUGAUGGAGCCAGUGCUGGCAGAGAACCCUCCUCGAAGCGACGGGCUGAGCCUGGUGCAGGACCACUAGUGGGACGUGGACAGUGGCGUGUGGCACCCCAGGAAGGACGAUGGCUCAGGGCGCCGGGAGCAUCAACAGCGACUACAAGGACUGGGAGUGGAGCGACGAUGCUGGGGAACGGGCCAGGCUCCUGCAGAGCCCCAGUGUGGAGACAGUGCCCAAGAGCGCGGAGAGCCAAGGGAACGGUCUGGGGGCCACGUCGGCUCUGGGGGCUGUCUUCAUUGUGGUCAACGCCGCCCUCGGUGCUGGGCUGCUCAACUUCCCUGCUGCCUUCAGCAUGGCCGGCGGCGUGGCUGCCGGUGUCACCCUGCAGAUGUGCAUGUUGAUCUUCAUCAUCGGAGGUCUGGUCAUUCUGGCAUACUGCUCUCAGGCCAGCAACGAGCGGACCUACCAGGAGGUUGUGUGGGCUGUCUGUGGGAAGGUGCCUGGUGUGCUGUGCGAGGUGGCCAUCGCCGUCUACACCUUCGGCACCUGCAUCGCCUUCCUCAUCAUCAUCGGAGACCAGGAGGACAAGAUCAUUGCUGCUCUGGUGAAGGAGCCCGAGGAAGCUGGGAGCAUCCGCUGGUACACAGACCGCAAGUUCACCAUCAGCAUCACCGCCUUCCUCCUCAUCCUGCCCCUCUCCAUCCCCAAGGAGAUCGGCUUCCAAAAAUAUGCCAGCUCCCUCAGCGUGAUCGGCACCUGGUACGUCACGGCCGUCAUUAUCAUCAAGUACAUCUGGCCUGACAAGGAGCUGGUGCCUGUGGAGAUCCCCACCAGCCCCUCCACCUGGACAGCUGUCUUCAAUGCCAUGCCCACCAUCUGCUUUGGGUUCCAGUGCCACAUGAGCAGCGUGCCCGUGUUUAACAGCAUGAAGCAGCCGGAGGUGAAGACCUGGGGGGCAGUGGUGACAGUAGCCAUGGUGAUCGCUCUCUUUGUCUACACAGGCACUGGUGUCUGUGGCUUCUUAACCUUUGGAGCUGGGGUGGACCAGGAUGUGUUGAUGUCCUACCCCUCCAAUGACAUCCCUGUUGCCCUGGCCCGGGCCUUCAUCAUCCUCUGCGUGCUGACAUCCUACCCCAUCCUGCACUUCUGUGGCCGGGCUGUCUUGGAGGGUCUCUGGCUCCGCUACACCGGGGUGACGGUGGAAGAGGACGUGGUUCGGGAGCGGAGGAGGCGCCUGCUUCAGACCAUCAGCUGGUUCCUCCUGACCCUCCUCCUGGCUCUCUUCAUCCCUGACAUCGGCAAAGUCAUCUCUGUCAUUGGGGGCUUGGCCGCCUGCUUCAUCUUUGUCUUCCCAGGGCUCUGUCUGAUUCAAGCCAAGCUCUCCGAGAUCCAAGAAACCAGGGCAAUCAGCUGGUGGGCCCAGGUCAGCUACGGGGUGUUCAUGGUCACCCUCGGAGCCUUCAUCUUCGGACAGACCACUGCCAACGCCAUCUUCCUGGAUCUCACUGCCUGACUUCUCCAGGCUGGACUGCACUGCUGCUGCUGAGGGGAUGCAGAUUCCCCCUAGGACCAAAGGGAAGUGGGAAGAAAACACGUGGGCGUGUUGGGAAGAUCCAAGAGGAGCGUUGUAACUUGGGGCUUGGCCGAACAAGCCCUGUGGUGGUUCGUAUCUCAUUGUCUUAAGGCUCCAGGCAGUCAGGUUUCUCUCAGCCCUGGCUCCCUGGUGAAGCCAGAGCAACACUACAAGGGGACCUGUAGUCCAGGGCAAGCCCUUUCUGUCCCUCAGGGUGGACAUCACUCUGUCAGGCAUCACUAAGGGGUCGUGGUUAGGGUCUGUGAAGCCGAGCUGCUCUCAUCCGUGUAUCCCCGUGCUGCUGGAGCUCCUCUCCACAGCUCAAACUCCUUCUUCUCCCAGCUUUGGAGGGAGAAAGUGUUUUGCAUAAAGGGAACUAGUAAUCAUGUUUACCAGACAGGGUAACACCCCUGUAGUCAUCUUCUGUGUCAGUGUUUGGUUUGAACUCUGCUUUCCUGUGGCUCAGCUCACUGGUCUCCUGCCCCUCUGCCUGGGCUGCAACUUCCUGUUACAAAGGGGGACUGUUGCCUCCAGCCUGAUUUUUUUUUGGGGGGGGGGGUGGGAUCAGGAUGACCCUGGGGUAGGGAUGCACCAGUGCAGUGUUCUCCCUGCCAGAGGUUGAUCACUCAGUAGAGAAGUUGCAAUGACUGCAUCGAGCUACUGAAGGCACUACACUAGAGCAAAGCUCUUCUCCGGAUUUCCAAUCCUGUUCUUCCAGGUGUCCAGGGAACGGGACUGGGCCAGGUGUAGGUUUUAAGGGAUGCUUUGGAGAUAAAGCAGUCAGUAUUAAUCUGUUUUA